AUGAGACUAUUGGUGCUGUUGCUAGUCAUUGUCGCGGCCGUGAGUGUGAGGGGCCGUGCACAGGACUACGAAGACAAUGACUUUGCCGAGUUUGAGGUGUUCGAGGAGGAGGAGGAGGUGAUGGAGGACGAUGAGGACCAGGGCAGUGAAGAGGCUGGUGUCCGAGGGAGUGUUGGGGCAGGAGCAGGGGCAGGGGGAGGGGGAGGUGGUGGAGGUGGUGGGGGUGGAGGAGGAGGAGCAGGAGCAGGAGGAGGAGGAGGAGGAGGAGGUGGCAGGCUAAGCAGUGAAGGACAGCCUGGAGGAGACAAGUUAGAAUCAGAAGAGGAUGAAGAAGCUGUGGUUGAGGAUGAGGACGAGAACGAUGAGUUCAGUCACUUCCAUGACGAAGAGGAAUUCAUUGGCUUUGACAGUGAGCGGCCACAGGGAGCACGGAUGCCCAAGACCCAGGAGGAGCCCAAGAUUACGAUUGCCAAUGUUCCUCUCCACCUGCGGAGCAAUUGGGACAGCUUUUACCUGGAGAUGCUGAUGAUUGCCGGCCUGGUGGUGUAUUUCAUCAACUUCAUCGUUGGCAAGUCCAAAAACCAGAAGCUGGCCAAUGCCUGGUUCACCUCUCACAAGACCCUCCUGGAACAGAAUUUUGCCCUUGUUGGAGAUGAUGGGAAGCAGUCCGUUGAGAACGGUGGGCUGCAGAAGGAGUCAGAGAACGUGUACACGCUGUGGUGCUCUGGCCGUACCAACAUGGAGGGCAUGCUGGUGGAACUCAAGUUUAUCAAGAGGCAAGACAUGAUAGGUGUUGUGUCUCAGCUGAUUCGUCCCUCAAGUGACCAGCUACUGGUGAAGGUCCAUUUGGAUGAGAUGGACUCCUUUGUGUUUGCUCUGGCCACCAAGAAGACUGCUGCCAGGCUCUCCAAGGAGAUGACAGAUAUUAGCACCUUCUGUCCAGAGAAGAAAUCUGCAGACAAGUUUGGCCUUGGUUCUCAGUAUGUGUUGAUGAAUGAGCUUGGAGAGGUGGCGUCAACAGUGCUGGGGGACCCCAAAGUGACUGCUGUGCUAAACAAGUUCUCCGGAAUGGUUGACUUCUUCCACUUCUCCGACCAGUACUCGGGACCAAAGCAGCCUGAGGACACCCAGCCCACCAAAUUGCCGGAGGUGCGUCGUGCUCUUGUGUUUGGCUUCAACUUCCCUGGCCGUGGCAACCCGUCCCUGGAGGCUAUAGAGAGCAUGCGACCACUGCUGCAGCUGGUGUUCCACGUAACAGACAAACUACGUCGCUUCAAACUUAGCAAGGAGGGCAAGGCCAAAGCAGAGAAGAACCGGGCUCGAGUGGAGGAGGCUUUCCUGAAGGCGACACAUGCUGCCCGUGCUGAGAUGGCCCAGGCCAAGAGGGAGGAACGCAAGAGGAUGGAGCGUGAGAAGAUGUUGGAGAUUGAUGAUCCAGACAAGCAGAGGAAGUGGGAAGAAAGGGAGCAGCGGCGGCAGAUGAAGCGUCGUGCCCCCAAGAUGAAGCAACUAAAGGCUUGAAGAGAUUGUCUGGAGGACAUCACAGGUAUGCCACACUACAUCAUAGAAUGUUGGUGAGACCCUGAGGAGCUGAAGGCACUCGUUUUAGAGAACCUCGAAUGAAGUUUCAUCGAUAUUUAUUCCUAGAAUAUAGUUGUUACUUGUGUCAGUAAGUCCAUUUUGAGGUCUUUAUUUUGUUGAACAUACUUGAGCUCAUUUAUAUAGUAUAUGUGUUCUGCCUUCUGGUUCCUUAUUCUGUCUUAUGAUUACUUUGCCACAGCAGUGAUGUGGUAAAUGAAUGGUGGUGUAUAUCAGUGUGAAUGUCGUGUAUGAGUGUCUUGUAAUCAGUUAAAACAUUAUAGAGGGAAUGAGUGUAGUUUCUCUUUGCAGUUACAGUGUGAAUGAACUGGAGAACUUUUGCAAUUAAAGGUGUGAAUGAGUUUUGGUAAAUCCAUUCUCAUGACAAUGUUUACCAGGGCCAAAAUCCUAGAGAUUCGUCAUAAAUAGCUCCACUGAAUUGCAUAUUGAUUUUUAGGUUUAGUGGUUUGUGAAGAGAGGUAUGAUAUAUGUACAGUUGUUUAAAGUACUAUUACCCUGAAGUAUGGUUUCUCUUUUAAUGCUGCCUGUACACAUCUAGUCCAAACAAGUCUUCUGGAACUCUGUUAAAGCUGAAAAAAUAACUUUGUUGAUCCUCUACGGAACUAACAAAAUGUAAACCUGAAUUGGAAAGGGAAAAUGGAGCAACGGGAUGCAGAUUUCUAAAGUCAAUGGGUCAUAUAUUGAAUAACUUAAUUUGGAAAGCACUGCAGCAUCAAAGGGAAUAAUUAAAGAAACCAUAUUAUUAUUAAUAAACUCUGUUAAAUCAGGGAUUUUAAAUAUUUGUCAAUUGUACUGAAAAAGGGGAAACAAACACUGCCUGUACCUCUUGACUGGUCCUGUGUAUGGCUCAGUAGCACUGGUAUUAGUGACAGCAGCAGAAACAUAAUGACAGUGCAGCUGUUUAUUAGUACCAAGCCAAGAAAACUACCUGUCAGGUGACCAGUCAGGAGACACCGGUACUGAAAAUGACUGUAUAUAGGCCAUUCGUCACCUGGAAUAAAGUGGGAGUGUGUGAUCUUGUAGGGCUGCAGAAGUCUCUACCUGUGGGUUGUCACUAGUUGUCACAGUUGUCUUCAUCCAUCAAAAUGAAGCUUCAGGGCCAGCCAGUAUUACCAGCACGUGUGAACACAAUCUGUCAAUAUGGUAACAGCCUCUCACUAUGAGUUGCUCCUCCCUGUGAUACAUGUAGGAAUAGCCAGUCAUGUCUACUUUUUAUCUAAAUGUUACUGUGUUUUCUAAACUCAUUUCACAGAGAGGUAGGGAAGGGAAAGUGUAGUGAAGGAUUUUUAUAUGAAUUCACGCUUACUUUAGUCUGCUUCAUCAUGCCAUAGUUUUACUUGUAUUAAAAAAUAAAGAAUUAAAAAUGAAA